GCGCCCCAAUGCGAUGCCACGAAAAAGCGAUCAGCAUCAGACACAGCCGCGCGACAAUCUGCUAAAGAAACCCACAUAAAAACGCGCAGCGCCCGGAACGCCGCGCGGCGACCACGGUGCCGUGCGGGGGUGUCUGCGUCUCUCUCUCCCCUCCCUCUCUCCGCCGACGCGGCGCGGGCCGAGGGAAUGGCCGCCGCCGCCUCCGCCUCCGCCUCCGCCUCCGCCUCGUCUUCUUCCUCCACCUCCACCUCGGCCGGGUCCUCCGCGUCCACCUCCACGCCCCGGCCCGCCCCGCGCCAGGCCGCCGCGGCGCCGUCGUCGUCCCCGGUCUUCCUCAACGUGUACGACGUGACCCCGGCCAACGGGUACGCGCGGUGGCUGGGGCUCGGCGUGUACCACUCGGGCGUGCAGGUCCACGGGGUGGAGUACGCGUACGGCGCGCACGAGGGCGCCGGGAGCGGCAUCUUCGAGGUGCCCCCGCGGCGGUGCCCCGGCUACGCGUUCCGGGAGGCGGUGCUGGUGGGCACCACGGCGCUGACCCGCGCCGAGGUGCGCGCCCUCAUGGCCGACCUCGCCGCCGACUUCCCGGGCGACGCCUACAACCUCGUCUCCCGCAACUGCAACCACUUCUGCGACGCCGCGUGCCGCCGCCUCGUCGCCCGCGCCCGCAUCCCGCGCUGGGUCAACCGCCUCGCCAAGAUCGGGGUCGUCUUCACCUGCGUCAUCCCCAGCAGCAGCAGGCACCAGGUGCGCCGGAAGGGGGAGCCGCAGCUGCCCGCCCCCGUCAAGAGCCGCUCCGCGCGCCAGCCCGCCGCCCCGCCGCGGCCCAGGACUUUCUUCCGCUCCCUCUCCGUCGGCGGCGGCAAGAACGUCACGCCCCGCCCGCUACAGACCCCGCCGGUGGGGCCCGCCCUGACGUUGACGACGCCGGCACCGACGCCGUUGGCCUCCAUGUAACGGCGCCAUUACUCCUUUUUCGUUUACAGCUCACACCAUCCAUUUUUUUUCCUUCGACAGUUACCUGAAUUUUGUCCAUAGUACUGUACUCUUCGAGAUUAAGAUUUGUGCUCUGCUAGUGCUGCACUGUCACCAUGAUUAGCAGUAGUAACUGCAGUUCAUUAGGCUAUUAAUUCCCGA